AUGAAGAAUAAGGAAGACCAGAUGUGGACGGUAGACGAGCUACUGACAGCAUUUGAUACGGUUAUCGACAGGCUGCAGUUAGUCGAAGACGCCGAUCCCACACCUUAUGCCAUUUACAACGCCGAUUCUACAGUCCGUCAAGCUUCUUCUUCCCCGCAUAGAGGUUUGGAUGAUCGAACUCGAGCUUCAUUACGUGUGCAAUCGACAUGCCGAGCGACACUUGCCGAAGAGGUGGGGCAACAUGCUGUGGACGAGUUGAUAGUAUUAAAAACCAAAGUGGCCCCAUCAUCGGAUUUCAUUGAAAAGCUCAAUUCCUUGUUUGGCUUGGUGAAGAAAACUGAUGUUGCAGUAAUUCAACCAUUAUGCGCAGCCGCCUAUGAGGAUUCCCACGUUCCAACAGCAAAUGAUCCUCCAAGGUUGAGGAGAAAUGGUCAAGUCGUUGCAGCAGCAUAA